AUGGCUUUGCAAGAUGUAUGCGGUUUUAUCCCGUUCUGUCAAUGGAACGCUCCACUGUUGUCCUCCACCUCUCUGGAAGAUACCUCUUGCUUGCCUGGAAGGCGAUUCAGACCAGACCCUGUUUCAAGGUCUAUUUGGAGGAGCAACACUUCAUCAAGCCCUUUGGAAUUUUAUGUGCCAGUGCAGGAAUACCUACUGGAGAACCCUAUUGAGUUUGGUCAAGACCGACCCACAGUCAACUUGGACUGGACAAAUCUUACAGCUGACGAUCCUCUCUACCACUCCUCCCUUACAGAUUCCCUCCGAUCCCCCAUCCCUCUCUCCAUCUGUCCCACAGUUCCUCUCCCGUUCUCUCUGGGUCACGGCACCACCACGCUCGGAUUCGUCUUUCAGGGUGGAGUCAUUGCCGCUGCCGACUCCCGCUCCAGUUGCUCUGGGCUGGUGGCUUGUCCAGCAUCCCAGAAGAUCCUGCCUGUCCACUCUCACCUGGUAGGAACCACCUCAGGCACCUCGGCUGACUGCGCCCUUUGGAAGCGCAUCUUGGCAAGGGAGUUACGGCUGUACCAGCUGCGGUAUCGACGGAGGCUGUCAACAGCGGGUGCUGCCAAGUUGCUGUCCCACAUGCUGCAUCCUUUCAAGGGCACAGAGUUGUGUGUGGCUGCUACUUUGUGUGGAUGGGAUGGGGAUGAGUUUCAAGGUGGAGCAAAUGAAACAAGUGCAAGCCAAAGUUCAAUAGUCACUGGUACUCAACCGACCACUUCGCAUGCUGUCAAGGAUUCUACAGCUCAGCCAGUUGUAGCCAGUGGAACAACAGUUCAACCAAUAGUAAAGCUUAGUAAAACUCAAUUGAAUGCAAGCAACGAAACAAGCAUCCCCAUAAUGGCUUCAAAUCUGUCUGGUCCAAGGCUCUUCUAUGUAUGUAGUGACGGUUGUCGCCUGCAAGGGGAGCUUUUCUCAGUGGGCUCUGGUUCUCCGUAUGCAUACUCCAUACUGGAUGGGAGGAUUCAAUGGGGGCUAAGUGUAGAUGAAGCCAUCUCCAUAGCCAGAGAAGCCGUAUACAGGGCGACAUAUAGAGAUGCUUACUCAGGCAACAAUGUGGACCUCUACCAUGUUACUGCUAAAGGCUGGAGUCGCAGAAAAAGAGAGGAUCUAAAGGAGGAAUACUACAGAGAGAAAGAGAGGGAGAGGAUGAGAGUGGAGGAGAGAAGAACAGGGGGAAAGGAAAAGAAGUCAGACUAGAUAAACAGCUGUGUUAAGACUUUAUCUUCUAUAAUAUGAUAGACUUGA